GUUUUGUGUUAAUGGGUCUCGUACGAACACUGUGGGUGCUAUUGCUAAAACGUACGUCCUCGAUACAAGCUGUCGUGUUCCGCGGUAAAUGACAAGAGCGCUUCUAACAACUAAGGGAAAGAACUCUCUCUGAUAGCUUCUGAUCCUUUGUUGGCGCCAUUCGAACCCGCCAGCUGAAAUUGUCGUGAGUUGCAAAAUCCGUUACACUCGAGUCUUUCCACGGAGUACCAAUUUACGUUCCGUCGUGUGCAGAGUCCAGAUUCGCGUUCGUUCGGGGUUUUACUCUUGCGUCAGGUUCUGUGUGGCGGUUUUCCCUGGGCUGCUAAUCUUUUUCAAUAAAUUGAAGUCUCAACUUCCCUCUAUGCACAGCGAACAAGAAUCAAUUAGAGAGAUCUACAGUCUACUUAUCUCGAUCCCGCACACGCACGUUGGUGUUGGCUAGUUCCUAACGUUAUUGCAACCUAUUUGGUGUGUGUAAUCCUUAAUUGGAUUAAUGUUCAUUGUAGGACUGGGUACAUCCAGUUGCGCAUUUCGUGCGAAAGUGCAACUCUGUAGAAUCACUGCUUUUUGGACGUGGCAGACAGAAAACCUUCAAGAAAGGAUAAUUCAGACGAAGAGAAACGCUCUGACGUGACUGCAAUGGACCACCCUCGUCCGCCCCCUCACACUGAUUUGUGUCAGCACUUACAUGAUCUCUUCUUUCCGGUGGACGGUGAUGAAAGAUCCUUAGUGAAGUGGCACAGAUGAGCAACCGACGAGGGCUUUUCUGAGGGCAAGAAAUCCGGUAAUUUUCCCUUCUCACGUGACGCUGAGCCUUCGAAAGUGUGGGAACUCCAACACACGCCCUAUCGCAGAUUUGCAAAGCGUUUUUAAGUGGAUACGUCCCGAGAAAGGCAACUGGUUUCGGUGGAAGCUGAAGUCAUGAAAAAGGGUGGUUUCUUUCAAGCAUAGAACUAAACAUGUUCACUUGUCCCUUCCUUGCAUUUGAACGGUACUCGCCGGCUUAUACAAGUACAGACAUCGCGCCUAAAGUUGGCUUUUAUCCAAACACGGUACUGCCGGAUGCCAGCUGUCUAUCGCACGUAUGGGAUUACUCUUUAUACUCUGCAGUUGCUUGUAAUCCGCACCUGGUAAUGACCGACGCUAAAUGUCUAUCAUACUUCAUUGGACUAAAAGAGCAAGUGCAGCUCUUUUCCCAGCACCCACUUGACUCGGGUGCGUUAGAUCGAUUCAUUCUUUGCGGAUCAGGAGCUGUUUUCUUUGUGCCACGCCAGAGUCUCUUCUUGGGAUUCGGUGGUACGACCCAGCUGUCACUUCGAGGCAACCCAUCACUUGAAGCCCUUUUGUACGCUUUCGAUGAGCUCCGUGCACGCGAGUUCUAUCCGUUGUUUUAGAAUGUGUCUCCCCGAACUCGGCAUGCUGCUGCUGCGUUACUUUGCGCUUUUGCCUCGCGCCCACCUCAUCUUAUUAUGCGGCUCUUCCGCAUAACUCGAUCGAUUAAGCUUGCCCGUGUAUAUUCUUUGGCGAAGGAAAGAGAAAGCCGAUUCACACUACGUCAGCGGUCGCAGAAGCCCAUCUCCCCCCCUUGUGGAAAGGCACUUCUCCGCGCGCGCGACACUGCCGAACCGGCGAAGCGAGCUUCGCAUGUCUCGUCGUCUCAUUCCGCUCCUCCUCCGCUGAAAAGUCUUUGUCUUCUGGAUUCAAGAUCUCUUGUGCCUUCCAUUACCCUCAUUUUAAGUGCACCAAGUGUAGGGGUAUCCAGCAGAUAGUUGCGAUUCAAGGGAGAUGGCAGCUGGGCCACCAAGUUUCACCCAACACGCAAAGGACUGUAAUUUUACAUGUUCAGCCGCGUUUGAAAGAACGUGUUGAUCUGUCUCCGCAUUUCGAGCCGUGCUAAAUUGCGCACUUGACUACCUAGAGGCAAAGAACUCUAGCGGAAUCCGAAGAAAUAGGCGAGGGAAAAAAACAAAGAUAGGUGUGCAAGCACAUGCAGUACAGCUUGUGAAUUCUGUGUGGCUGUAGACACUUUCGUCGGCUUGUGUUCGUUUCUUUGUCAGUUUUUCCUGCCCACUCAUGAAACACUGUUUUUAUGCAACGGCUUUACUCUUGAAACGUCCUUUCUGCUAAGACUUUCCGCUAUGAGAGUAAGGUCUUUCCUCGCGAAUGGUCUCAGCUAAGACAUUGACCUUUGAAACGCUCUGAGAAAGCCACUUUCUUCAAAUCUUUCUGAGUUAACGGGUCUGUCCUUGUCUCUCUGAAGUCGAGGUUCGCCGUUCCGAUUGGUUGCAUUUGCACAUGGGUGCGAGGCGGAAAGAUGCCCCGGGAAGUCUUCGUCGUUCAGAUAGGCCAAUGUGGAAACCAGAUCGGCGGUCAAUUUUGGGAGACCCUUUUGGAAGAACACGCGGCCGCAGUGGUUAGAGAGGCGGAAGCCGCAAAGAAAUGGAGCAGGCAGAAUGCGAGUUAUGUUCCUCGCUUCAGCGCUUCCAUGUCGACUUUCUUCCGCAACGUCAACGCCAGACACCACGCCUGCUACGACCUCGGGGACGGACAGCCUCUUAGGACUCUCAAAGCUCGCGCUAUUUUGAUAGACAUGGAAGAAGGCGUUCUCAACGAACUACGCCGAGGCUCCUUCGGCUCUCUCUUUGACGAGAGACACCUCAUUUCCGACGUUUCUGGAGCUGGAAAUAACUGGGCUCACGGCUUCUGCGUGUACGGACCUGAGCACCGCGACAGAAUCGCAGAGAGUCUGCGACGCUCUUUGGAGGCUGCAGAGUCCCCGCAAGGCUUUUUGAUUCUGCAUUCACUGGGAGGCGGAACAGGCUCCGGUUUGGGAAGCUUCGUUGUGCAGAUGCUGGAGGAAGAGCUCCCUGACCUCCCGCGCUUCUGCUGCUCUGUCGUACCGUCGCCACUGCAGGCGGACGACGUAGUCACAGCUCCUUACAACAAUCUCCUUUCUCUUUUGCAUCUGCGCCGACAUGCUUCUUGCGUCCUGCCUGUCUCCAACGACGCACUCGUCAAAAUGUACGAAGCAGGCCGUCCACCUCUCUUUCGAUCGUCAUUCCUCUUCUUCUUCUCUCUCUUCUUCGCGCUCUUCGUUUUCGCGUUCUCCGCGUUUCUUGCGGGCAUCUCCACGAACGACGAUGACUGGAGAGAAAGGAGACACGAUUUCCAGAGCGGGAGAGCGGAAACGCGAGAGAAGGAAAUGUGCAUUCGCUGAGAUGAACGCGAUCGUCGCGCAAACGCUCUCCCACCUAACCAGGUAGACGUUCGACUUUUCUAGAAUCUCCAGUGUUUGAGAACUCGAUGAAAAAAAAGUGAAUGGUCGAGGAAAGAAGACCGACCCCAACAACAGUCCUGCGGGGAGAUCUGUGGGUUUCUUGUGUGUCGGCGUGUAUGCGGAAAACGUGUGAAACCGUGGGUAUUCGAGGUCUUCUUACACUGAGAGAAGUGUUCAAUUGUCGCGAUCUCG